UUGAUCGGAGGUUUCUUUUCCCUUCUCGUUAAACAAAACUAAUCAUCCAUCAUAUUCAUCAAGUUACAUCGUUGUUUAGGGUGUUCAAAGUAUAAAAAUCAAUCGGCCAAACGUUAUUGCCAAGUAUCUUAAGAAAAAAUUGAAAACUCACUCCCUAAUCUUCUCUUUUUCUUCAUUUCCCUGGGGUGCUCUGUGUAAUAUAGUAGUAAGUCAGAAACAUUUAUCCCAAAUCGAAAGUUUUCAAGGUAAUGAUUUGAUCUUUGUCCAUCUUAUACUGUUUCUAGUAUCCAUUUUUAUUUGAAGGAAGUGUUAUACUGUUGAUUCAGUUUGUAUAACACUGCAUUUCUACUUUUGAUUUGGCAGUGUUUAAUUUAUUGGAACCCUAAUAGAUAUCUUUGAACACCUACCAAAACUUUAUUAUCCUCGCUCACAAAAAUUAGUAUAGAGUGAUAAAAUAUUUCUAAGUCGUAAUGGAUAGAGGAGAAGGAAGUCAACUUGGAAAGGAUACAAAUUGGGAACACUGUCUCCAUCUCUAUGAAGAAAUAAUUGCUAGUGAUAAUGAGUCUUUACAAAUAAAAGCCACGAUUAAACUUGGGCGUAUUUCAAAUGAUGUACCUGAAAAUGUAUUAACACGUGCAAUCCCUAUCCUCGUUGAGCUUCUUAGGAGACCAUUAACCUUAAACAAUUCAAAUCUGUCAAUUCAAGAAGCUUCGUCUUAUUGUCUGAGUCGUAUUGGUCAUUGCCAAUGUGGUGAUGCUGAUUUGAUUUUAGCUGCUAUUGUCCACUCUGGGGUGUUUAGUAAAAUUUUGAUGAAAUUUCUUUGGAGAAUUGUUUCUUUCAGUAAUCCAAAUCGAGUAGCUGUAGUUUGGAACGGGGGAUUUGAAAUUGUUCUAGGUUUGCUGGGUUUGUAUUUUGAUGAAUCAAGACGGUAUCUGUUAGAGAUAUUGAGUGCAUUAGCAUUGAUGAGAGAGGUAAGGAGGGUUAUUAUUAAUUCUGGAGGGCUUCCUUUCCUUGUUGAAUCUGCUAAGAAGGGAAGCAUAGUUUCUCGAGCCAGAGAUGCUCACGCGAUAGGGUUAAUUGGGGCAACAAGAAGAGUCAAACGGAUACUUGUAGAAUUAGGAGUUGUGCCAGUUCUUGCAGAGCUAUUAGGGAUAGGAGAUACAUAUACAAAAAUAAUUGCUGGUAAUGCUCUUGGUAUAGUUGCAUCCCAUAUUGAUUUCUUAAGGCCGGUUGUAGAAGCAGGUGCCAUUCCUUUAUAUGCAGAACUUCUCCAACGAACGGAACCUAUAGCUAAAGAAAUAGCAGAGGAUUUAUUUUGCAUCUUAGCUGUAGCAGAAGUGAAUGCUGUUUCGAUAUCCGGACACUUAGUAAGGAUUCUUCAAGGUGAUAAUGAUGAAGCAAAAGCUGCAGCUGCAGAUGUUUUGUGGGAUCUCUCCGGUUAUAAACACUCAGUAUCUAUUGCUCGAAGCUCUGGUGCAAUUCCAGUUCUAGUUGAUAUUUUAAGGAACAGUAAUGGUGAUGUUAGAGAGAAGGUAUCUGGGGUCAUUGCCCAAUUGAGUUAUGAUGAAGUAGAUCGCGGAGCCCUUGCUGAUGAUGGGGUGAUCCCAAUUCUGGUUGGUUUGUUGCAGGAUGAAUUAGAAGAACUUAAGGAUAAUGCAGCUGAAGCGUUGAUUAACUUCUCCGAGGAUCCGUUGUUGCGUGAUAGAAUGUCUGAAGCAUUAGACAUCCCUUCAUUUCAGAGUGUACAAACCAGACUCAUCCGGAUCCGUGCAACUGAUCAGCAUAUGGUUACCCAUUUGAGACAGAUGAGCAUUGAGCAGUUCACAUGGGACCCCGAACUUUCCUAAAGUUUUGGCGAUAUGUUUUUUUCUUCAGGUAAUGGAGGAGGAAUUAACCAGCAAAGAAGAGUUGGAUGAAUUCCGGAAGCUUGUUACCAGCUUGGCUGCCCUUGCUUCCUGGUGUGCUUGAAGUCGGAUGUGCUUAUAGCGAGUCGUGGAGGCAACUUCGCUAAGGUUAUCGUUGGGGCGUCAGCAAAAGUGAAUGAAGCCGGCGACUAUCCAAGUCGUUCGGAUGGACAACCUUCGUAGAAGAUGUUGUCAUUACUCAUUAAUCAAGAACCGCUGGCCCAAGAAACGUUCCUAACCAGGAUCUACGGGUGAGAACCCUCUCACUUCCUGCAUGUGUAAGAAACGUUCCUAACCAGGAUCUACGGGUGAGAACCCUCUCACUUCCGCUGGCCCAAGAAACGUUCCUAACCAGGAUCUACGGGUGAGAACCCUCUCACUUCCUGCAUGUGUAAAUCUUGAUAGAGAAUAGCGACUCCUGAUGCAAAGAUUUUAACAGAAAAUUAUUACAAGGGGGAGUGUGUUUGCUCCACAAAAUGAUGGACCAACGGUGAAAGCUGAUUAUAGUAAUUGGCCCGGAGAAUACGAAGAGCUGAGAAUAGAAAGGUUUGCUUGAGAUUUAGACUACACUACGUAGCACCUAAAGAAGAACUAGGACCCCUUGAAGCAAACUUUUGGGCAACAAGCAGGUGGGGCGCAUUCCUCAUUUGGUAUUUGGCGAGGGUACAAUGUCUUUUUCAUUUCACCUAAAGAGGAACUAGGACCCCUUGAAGCAAACUUUUGACCCCGUGAUUUCUUCCAUAUUUACCCUUAUUAAAGAGCAUAAUGUUAACAAAUUUAGUUAAUACUUUUAGUAA